UUUGCUCAUUUGGCAGAUGCGCAGUCUACACCGUCUAUCAUUUUGAAAGGAGAUCAGGUUCUGUUGCGUGAGAUGCGAUCAGUAUGUCCACACUUUUUGCACUCUGGUCAGUCUGGUCGAUAUCCCGACAACCCCAUUUUUGGUAGGGUUGGAUUGGAUAUAGAAAUUAAUGCCCAGCACGGCCAUGCUCGACAUUGAAUAUUUGAAACUGGAGGCAUCGGAGGCUGAGCAAAUUAUCAACCUGCUGACCUGGUUUUGAUGAGCGAUCCCUUAGAGUGGGCAAUAUAUUCAAUCUUGGCGCGCCUGUUGAUUUUGUAUGUGUCUCGUGGAGUUACCAAAUGCCGGUUGUGCCGGACACGCGGGAG